GUCACUGUCAAAAAUAAAUAGACGUUUGAUGUUAAAAAGUUGACUUUUUAAUUUUGCAAAACUCGUGCUUUUUUUGUUGUAAACAUAUUAUAUUAAACUUAUUUAUUACCGAAGACAACUAAUUUGGAUAACGGAUCUUCACGAAUAUAAAAUAAUAAUUAGAUUGUAAAAUGGCACGUGGAAAAGACAAGAAGAAACGUAAAUUGGAGAAGAAGCAAGAAGGGGAAGAUGUCCCGAAAAAGGUACCGCACACGUUGGAAUCUCUCCGAGAGAAAGAUGAGACGAUGCUUGCAAAUGUCGAGGCUGAGGAGCAGGAAGAGGCACAAAAGGAUAUGGAACUUGAUGAGCUCUCUGCAUACUACGAAAAUGCAUAUGAGCCCAAAGUAUUAAUUACAUAUUCUGACAAUCCUCACAGCAAGACAAGGAUAUUUGGCAAAGAAUUGACUAGGAUAAUACCCAAUUCUAUAUCCCGCUAUAGACAGAGGUCAUCAGUAAAACGGAUAGUCCAAUCGGCAAUCCGUGAGAGUGUAACAGAUGUCAUUAUCAUCAACGAGAAUCAGAAGCAACCAAAUGGAUUCCUACUGAUUCACCUGCCCAAUGGACCUACAGCACAUUUUAGGCUAUCUAGUUGCAAGAUUACACCAGAGUUAAGGAAGGAUUAUAAAGAAAUCACCAACCAUAGGCCUGAGGUGAUCCUAAACAACUUCAGCACGCGUCUCGGGCUGACAGUGGGGCGGAUGCUGGGCGCCCUGUUCCACUAUGAGCCUCAGUUCCGCGGACGUCGCGCAGUCACAUUUCACAACCAGCGAGACUAUAUAUUUUUCAGACACCAUAGAUACGAGUUUACAUCAGACGGCAAGCGUGCGAAGCUUCGCGAGCUUGGGCCCAGGUUUACUUUGAAGCUUAUCUCAUUGCAACAGGGCACCUUUGACUCUAAACAUGGCGACUAUGAAUGGAUCAUCGCCGGCAGGCGCCACCAGAUGGAGACCACAAGAAGAAGGUUCUUCUUAUAGUUUAUAAUAAAUUUUAUUUUAAGUA